GGGGCAGCCGCAGAGACGGGGUGCGGGGAAGGCGGGAGCGGGUUCGCACCACACACCUUCCCACCAUUGGGGGGGGGGGCAGCGGAGGCUCCUCUCUUGCCUGCUCCUCACCUGUUCCCGCUCCACCACACACCCCUACUCGGCAGCGGCGAGUGCUGUCUGGCGGGAGGGCCGAGCGGGGGGGGUCGCUGCCUCCGGUGGAAGGGAGACUCCUCCCUUAAUGGUACGGAACCAACUUGACCUGUGAUCUUGAGCAGCACUUUAAAAAAGCUAGUAUGGUAAUAAUUUGCACGUUAGAAGUCAGAAUCGUGCUCCUGUGUUAUAAGACUCCUGAUCUGUGAUCAGCUAGAAUUACAAUCAUGUUUCUUUAAAAGUGCUGGUGGGCACCCAGGACUCUGAAGACAGCAGUUUUGUGCAAGAUAAGAAUGUUCCUUAAAGAAGGUGAUGGAGGAUAGAGCUCCAGAGUUCCUGGCAGACACUGACAGCAUAAGAUGGCACCGUAGUCUAGUCUGGAAUUGUCUUUCCAAUCCAGCUGUUAUGGAGUCAAUGGAUGAAGCUGAAGGACAACACGGGCAGCUGAACAGGAAGGAGCAGUACCUGAAAACCUCCCAGAAAACAGCACUACUUGGUUGGGCUGCAUGGUGGAAUGGAUUAAUGCGUGGAGACAGCAUGUAUCUGUUUGUCCUUUCACAGAUACUGCUUCUCGGCACGAUGCUGUGGUACAGCACUUACGGGACCAUCCCAGCAGCUCAGAAUGCAUUUGACCUGCUGUCUUACUUGCUUACUCCAUUUAAGCAGUUUUUGUCAGAUCAAGCGGAGGGCCUGACAAGAAUAGGGAGCGUUGUGGUAUCAUACAUCCUGCUGUCUUUAGCUUCUCUUGGACUGCUAUUUGUAGGAUCUCUGUUUUGGCAUCUAAUGAGAGCCCAUCCAGACCCUGCUUUUCCGCUACAAGAUGACAGACGCCAGUCUGUGAGCCGGCAGCCUUCAUUCACGUACUCGGAGUGGACAGAGGAUAAAAAUGAGGACGACUUCCUAGAUUUGGAUCCUGUACCAGAGACUCCAGUCUUUGACUGCGUAAUGGACAUUAAAGCAGAGACGGAUCCAGCUACUCUAACAGUUAAAUCCGUGGGCUUGCAAGAAAGGAGAGGUUCAAAUGUUUCACUCACACUGGAUAUGUGUACCCCAGGCUGUUCUGAGCAAGGUUUUGGCUAUGUCAUGUCACCACGGGAACAGUCAGCCCAGGAAUACCUUCAGACGGCAUCAAACAUCCUUACUGAAGAGGAACUGCACAAGAAAGCACUGGAUCCUUUCAUACUCCAGGCAGAGUUCUUUGAAAUUCCUAUGAACUUUGUUGAUCCAAAGGAAUAUGAUAUUCCAGGCUUAGUGCGUAAGAAUCGCUACAAAACAAUUCUUCCAAAUCCUCACAGCAGAGUGUGCCUUACCUCAGCUGAUCAGGAUGACCCCCUCAGCUCUUACAUCAAUGCUAACUACAUCAGGGGCUAUGGAGGAGAGGAAAAGGUAUAUAUUGCUACUCAGGGACCGAUAGUUAAUACUGUCAGUGAUUUCUGGAGAAUGGUGUGGCAGGAACGUUCUCCCAUCAUUGUCAUGAUUACCAAUAUAGAAGAGAUGAAUGAGAAAUGUACAGAAUAUUGGCCAGAGGAACAGGUCACCUACGAAGGAAUAGAAAUUACAGUUAACAAAGUCAUACAAGCAGACGAUUACCGUUUAAGGCUCAUCACCCUGAAGAAAGGAGAAGAAGUCAGAAAUUUGAAACACUACUGGUACACAUCUUGGCCAGACCAGAAGACACCAGAUCAAGCCCCUCCUCUGUUACAGCUAGUACUGGAAGUGGAAGAGGCCAUGCAGAGUGCAGAAGAGAAUAAUGCACCAGUGAUUGUUCACUGCAGUGCAGGCAUCGGGAGGACUGGCUGCUUUAUUGCAACUAGUGUCUGCUGUAAACAGCUGAAGAGCGAGGGCAUAGUUGACAUAUUGCGAACAGCCUGCCAGUUACGGUUAGACAGGGGAGGAAUGAUCCAGACUUGUGAACAGUAUCAAUUUGUCCAUCAUGUCAUGAGCUUGUAUGGAAAACAGCUUUCUAGAGCUGCAGAAGAAUAAAUGUUCAUGAUAUUCCUAAAGGCUAAAACCAAGAGAAGUUUUGACUGCAUUCAGAUAUAUUUCAGAUCUGAUAAGAGACACAUGGUAACCUGGCUGUCUUAGCUGGAAAAAUAUAUUAUUUUACUUUGAUAUUGCUUUUAUGCUCUUGUUUGCAUUGACAUUUAAGACCUGAGGUACGCCUUGUCUUAAACAUAUGUGACAGGACAUAAUCUUCACCCAAAAAUGGCUUAUUUAUACUGUAAAUAAGAAUAGUAGCUUCAUUUGUUACAAAAGAAAAAAAAAAACAGAAAAAAAUCCACUGUCUUCAGUUUGCUAUUUUUAAAAGAUCAUUGCUAAUAUAUUCAAAUACAGUGUGAAACUUUUUGAAUUGUCAUGCUGAAAUGUGGCGUAUAUUGACUAAGCUUGGAAGUAACUUUUUGCCUAUUUCUGGUUGUUUUUACAUAUAAAAUUACCGAAUACUGUGUAUAUCGUAAACCUUCUGAGCCUCUGCAUUGAAAGGUUCAAGUAGAUUCACAUUGAAAUGACGUUUCACACAUCAUCUUUGCUUGUUUAUUUUUUUCUAAAGCAGUCCAUCACCAGUGUUAUCAGAACUAAGGGGUAGAGGGGGGAAUAUUUCAAUGAUAUUAGUCAGAUUCUUACCUCUAGAUCUUACCAGCAAUGUGCCCCAGUAUCAUGACAGCUGGGUGAAUCUGAGGAUCAUAGUAGAAGUUAACCUGAACAGAAAUUCUUCAUGCUUUACCUUUUCUUUGUCAAUACUUUGGCAUCUCAUUCAGCCACCGGAUUUGAUUUUUGCGAAUAGUUUCUCUUUUUACGUAGCCAGAUGACAAUCCAAAUACAAUUUCCCCUGAAAUUUGAGGUUUAAAAUCGUGUGCGGAAUUUGCUGAGUUAAGUUAAUCUUUGUUUAAAAUGUAAUAAAAUCACUUGUAUUAUAUGAAAUUGAAAUAGUUUCAAAACUUUGAGGGUGAUGAGGUGCUCAGUGCUCGUUUAAAUUAAUGCAAAUCCUAUAGAGAGCUUAAAAAAAAAAAUCAUUGUGAAUGUGCUGGCUGCUUUCUGAUAAAUUUGCUCUUAAACCAAAUUCAGACAAUCAUUAGCCCGUUCUAAUCACUAGUCCAGACAGCAGUGUUUCCUUUUCAAUAAUACAGACUACUGCCCAUGCUUUUCUUUUUAGACCUCAAUCAGGCUGUAAAGACUUCAGUUUGUGCUUUUUGCUUAGAGGUAAACACAUGUUUAAGUGCUUUAUCGAGCACAGGAAAAUGGAGGUACACAGGAGCCUUAACAUGAAAGAUGAGUGGUUCAUGAACAGAAGCUAUAAUGAUCUACUAAAAAUAUUUUUGCUUCUCUUUAUUUGUAACAAUAACCAAAACCCACUGCUUUUAUUAGUGCAGGAGAUUCUGAGAAUUUACUGCACUUCCUAAUCAGGAGAAGGUAAAGCAGCUCUCAGAACAAUAAGGGCUGAUCCUGCUUCCACUGAGAUUUUGCCAUUGACGUCAAUAGGUGCAGGGUAGGGCCUGAAAUAUUAAGCCUACAACUUCAUCACUGUGGGGAAAGUUUCCCAGUAUUUCAGUACACAUCUUUGUGUUUAUUCUGUACCCAUGAACCUGUAAAAAUCCUGUCAGCAGGGUUUGCAUGAAUGUGUGGCAAAAUGUGUUAUCUUUAAACCACUUGAUUUUAUUGCUGUAUUUAAAAUAUUUUCUUCAGUGAGAAGCUAGCAGGAAGAACUGGCAUUCUUUUAAAAAAUACUGGUGGUACUCAUUAAAUAGAGCAAUAAAUUUAAGCUUUUGAGCAUAACAUGACUGUUAGUUUUAUGUAAACCUUGCUAGCUGUAUUCUCCCCAUUGCUACUGAUUCUUUCAAAGGGAUAACACUAUUCCAUCUAAGUACUCCUUAGAAAUAAAAGAGGCACCACUGAUGUUCUGAAUAACUUUGUAAGUGGAAAUUCCUAUAAAUGUUUUCAGCUGUUCAGUGCCCUUCAGUGUCAUAACUCAGUGAAUAAAAUUACUUGUUCUGGCAUCA